GCGUGGUCACGUGGGCGGAAGUGAAGGCGAGGUCGGGGGUGCUGCGGGUAGUACGGAGCGGUGCCGUCUCGUCGCCACGACCGUCCCGCUGAGCUACGGCGCUGCGUUGAGAGAAAAUGACUGCAAUCAAGCAUGCUUUACAGAGGGAUAUUUUCACUCCCAAUGAUGAACGCUUACUGAGCAUUGUGAAUGUAUGCAAAGCAGGCAAAAAGAAGAGAAACUGCUUUUUGUGUGCCACAGUGACAACAGAACGACCGGUGCAAGUAAAUGUGGUAAAAGUGAAAAAAUCUGACAAGGGAGAUUUCUACAAACGGCAGACUGCAUGGGCGCUUCGAGACCUUGCUGUUGUUGAUGCCAAAGAUGCUGUUAAAGAGAAUCCUGAAUUUGAUUUGCAUUUUGACAAAGUAUACAAAUGGGUUGCAAGCAGCGCAGUGGAAAAGAACACUUUCAUUUCAUGUAUCUGGAAACUCAAUCAGAGAUACCUUAGAAAAAAAAUUGACUUUAUUAAUGUUAGUUCACAACUUUUGGAAGAAUCAGUUCCAAGCGGAGAGAAUCAAAGUGUAGCUGGAGGUGAUGAAGAGGCGGUGGAUGAAUACCAGGAAUUAAAUGCAAGAGAAGAACAGGAUAUUGAAAUAAUGAUGGAAGGGUGUGAAUACGCUAUCUCUAAUGCUGAAGCCUUUGCAGAGAAGUUGUCUAGAGAGCUGCAAGUUCUAGAUGGGGCAAAUAUCCAGUCAAUUAUGGCCUCAGAGAAACAGGUGAAUAUCUUGAUGAAGUUGCUGGAUGAAGCUCUAAAGGAAGUAGACCAAAUUGAGAUAAAAUUAAGCAGUUAUGAAGAAAUGCUUCAGAGUGUAAAAGAUCAAAUGGAUCAAAUUUCAGAAAGUAAUCACCUAAUCCAUCUCAGCUACACGAACAAUGUGAAGCUACUGUCAGAGAUAGAGUACUUAGUGAAUCACAUGGAUUUGGCUAAAGGUCAUAUAAAGGCCCUUCAGGAAGGGGAUCUGACAUCUUCUCGAGGCAUUGAGGCCUGCACUAAUGCAGCAGAUGCCCUUCUGCAGUGUAUGAAUGUAGCUCUUCAUCCAGGACAUGAUAUGCUUCAUGCAGUCAAACAGCAACAGCAGCGAUUUAGUGACUUGCGUGAGCAGUUUGCACGGAGACUUACCAGCCAUUUGAACAGCGUAUUUGUUCAGCAGUUUACUCAGACCCUCCUUCAACUCUAUAACAAGUCUUCCAAUCUUUCAGUUCCAGUGAGUACACCAGCUUUCAUACAAGCUUCUCCAACUAAUUUUUUUGAGCUUGACUUACACAACUAGUGGCUGCAUCUUUGUAUUUACAAUAAGAAAUCCUUACUGAUCGCAGAAUAUCAGACUUGCAUCCUCUCUCAGUUCGAGUAUUUUUACCACCAGUGUUUAUUUUCUUGAUGGAUAAACAUUCCUUUGAUCUCCGAAGUUUGCAGAGGCACAUUUACUUUCAGAACAUUUUAGUAUGUGUAUAACUGUACAGUAGUCUGAAACAGUAAUAUUUGUAAACAGAAAGUUAAUUCAGUUUUUCUACAUAUUAAUGCAGUUGAACUUUUGGUUUUUGUUUAUUAGUCUGCAGGAGAUAGAAUAGAGUUAUGCUUGAAAAUUGCAUAGAAAAUGGCAUUUGAGAGUACAAGUCUGUUUUUCUUUUAAUGGUAGGAAAGUGUUUCCUACGUUUUCUUCUGCAGAGAAAUCAGAGUUCUAAAGCAUGUUAAAAUCUUUAGCUCUAUUCUUAAGAAAGUACAUUUCUCCUAUGACUUCUUGUAUUUUGAAAAACUGAGUGCAGGCCAUCUGUCCUGGCCUUUAAAUAAUGAUCAAGUAGAAAUUAUCCAAUGGAAAGGCAAUCAUAAAUGAAAUCUGAAUCUUAGAUUUGCAAAUGAAAGUGGCUUUUAAGCAGAAUGUCUUUUCUGAUGAUCUGCGCCAAGGAUUUUAUUAUUAAAAAUGGUAAGAGAUUACUAUUUCAGUGUAAUGCUAUGCGUAUUAGAUGAACUGCUAUCAAAGAGAUUACCAGUGCUAUUAAGAAUGAGUAACAUUGCAAAUUCACAGUUGUAAAAAAUGUGUAUUUUAAAUUCUGGUACUAACUUUGACCUCAUAUUGUCUUCUGUAUAAACUUACCCUAUGUGAAGUUGUUGCUAAUCAAGUAUUAAUCAGCAAUUUAAACAAAAAAAGCAUUACUGCAAGAUUAUGCUGGAGUAGUUAAAUGUGAUAGGUGAGCCUCUGCAUUAAGCUUUUUGAAGAGGGGAAAAAAACCAAAAGAGUUCAGAGGCAUGGAUUCAAGUGUUGCAGAUGUAACAAUUUUUUUUAUUAUUUUCACUGAAACAAUAUUGUUCUGUUAAUCUGAUGAACAGACUGUAGCUAUUUCUCAAUCCUGUUGUUUUGAAACAUCUAAGCAGAAUACUUUAGCAUAUGAAGGGUUGCAUUAUUUGUUUAAAAUGUUUAUUUUAAAAAAAGUACUAAAGGAAAAAUCUAGAUAAGACGAAGGUAUCAAAUUAAAAUGGAAAAUGAACAUGUGCGGAUAUCUAAGGAGCUGCUAAUACCUGCAAGACUUGCUUUGUUUCAGAACAAAGGUGAAGAAGCAGUUCCAGUGACAUUUUGGCCUAAGUACAACAGUUUAGAAGUACAAACUUCUUUUUUAUAGACUCAUACAGUAUAAAUGUGUAGUAUGUACUUGAAGUUUAUCCUACUGACUUACAGAUUAUACUGAAAGUAUAUACUUGAUCGGAUUUAACAAAGGGAGUUGAGAAAGCCAUCAGGUAGAUUAUUUUUAACAAUAAUGAAUUUGAAAAUUAAAAUGCAUGCUGUUGCGUGGAUAAGAAUGAGAAUUGUGCACUUGUUCUGUAUCCAGUUUUCAUACAAGUUUAUUGAAGAUUUGUCUAAAAUACUUAUUUGUGUGCCCAGAAGCGAUCACAGUAUACAGUAUGACCUCCACGGUCACUCAUGGUAUGUAUUCAGUAGCUGUGGGGCUAAUGCUGAUUUCCAAUUCUAAAUCAGAUAUUGAGAUAAUUACACUUCAUGACAUUAGCUUUUUGCUGGAACCUAACUGCAGAAGAACUGUUUUCAGAAGGAACAUUAGAUGUGACUCUUCCCACUGUCUGUGAGACUAAAUGAAUGACGUUUUCUGGAACUUUGAGUGCCAUUUGUGUCUCAGUUUCAAUUUACACAGACAGGAGAACUUAAAAUAAGCCUGUGUUUAGGUUGGAUACAAAAAAGCAUUCCAACUUUAUGCGGAAGUGAGAUUGUUCACGUUGCCUUACUAAGUAAAGCUUAGUCUUUUACAAUGAAUAACAAGAUUUU